AUGUUGUUCACGCUCGCUGCUUUAUCUGCAACAGCUGUAGCCGUGCCUCUAAUGGACCGAUCAGUUCACGGUCCAGUCAUACCGACCGAUUUCCAAGAUCCUUCUGUACUCAAGGUAGGGGACACGUAUCACGGAUUUGCUGGGCUCAAUGGUGACAAGGCAGGCACUACAUCCAAUGUGAUAACAGCGACAUCAAAGGAUUUUAGCACCUGGACUGUCGACAACACCGACGCAUUACCCUAUCCAGGAGCUUGGGUCGCGACUGUACCGCAUGUAUGGGCACCAGAUAUUGUACAGCUUGCCAAUGGUAGAUUUGUGCUCUACUAUUCUGCGACAACAGCCGAGGAUAUCAGCAAGCAUUGUGUGGGCGUGGCGACCUCAGAUACUCCUAAAGGUCCUUUUGUGGCGAGUGACACACCACUAUACUGCGACCUCAGUAUAGGUGGUGCCAUCGACGCGGAUGGGUUCAGGGAUCCUGCUACUGGCAAGCAAUACGUCGUCUACAAGGUCGAUGGCAACUCACUGGGUAAUGGUGGGGCGUGCAAGAAUACCAUUCCGCCGAUCAUGUCGACGCCAAUAAUUCUACAGGAAGUCAACGUUGAUGAUGGUGCCACGCCAAUUGGCCAGGGCAUAACACUUUUGACUAACAACGCGGAUGAUGGUCCAGUCAUUGAAGCACCAACGCUGGCCUACAAUGCUGGACCAUACACUAGAGGUGGUGUCUUCCUUCGGACCGGUGAUACAGCUGCUAAUGUGUACGCUCCUGGUUCACCUGAUGUCGAGGCCACGACCAAUCACUUGGUCUUUCAUGGCGACUUGAAUAUGGGCUGGUUUGCGGGUGAUGGCAGCACAAGAGAUAGAGGAAUGUAUGCUAGUGCUAUCAAUUGGAAUCGCAGGGGCAGGGUCGCUAUUGGAGGUCUCCAGUAG